AGGUGGGGCGGGGGCUGCGGCUGGAGGCAACUAUGCAAGGCGCUCCUCCGAGCCUCUCAGCGCUCCAAGCCCACAGGAUUAUGGCAGGAAAAGUAAAAUGGGUCACUGAUAUCGAGAAGUCAGUGCUGAUCAAUAACUUUGAGAAGACAGGAUGGGUCCAAGUGACAGAAAAUGAGGAUUGGAAUUUGUACUGGAUGAGCGUGCAAACCAUCCGAAAUGUGUUCAGUGUCGAAACUGGAUAUCUGCUCUCAGACUAUCAAAUAGUCGACCAUUUUCCAAACCACUAUGAAAGGACCCAGAAGGAUCUGAUGGUGAAGAACAUCAAAAGAUACAGGAAGGAGCUAGAGAGGAGUCCUCUUGCAGAAAAGGACGAAAAUGGAAAAUACCUCUAUCUGGACUUUGUUCCAAUUACCUACGGGCUGCCCGCUGACCAUAACCUGUUCGUAGAGGAGUUCCAAAAGAGCCCGUCCAGCACCUGGAUCAUGAAGCCUUGUGGCAAGGCCCAGGGAAAGGGCAUCUUCCUAAUCAACAAGCUCUCACAGAUCAAAAAGUGGUCCCAGGACAGCAAGACGUCUUCGUUUGUGUCUCAAUCUAAUAAAGAAGCCUACAUGAUCUCUCUCUGUAUUAACAACCCUUUACUAAUUGGCGGGAAGAAGUUCGACCUGCGCUUGUUAGUUCUGGUGUCUACGUACCGUCCACUGCGCUGUUACAUGUAUAAGCUUGGGUUUUGCCGGUUUUGCACAGUGAAAUACAGCCCGAGUACCAGUGAGCUGGACAACAUGUUCGUUCAUCUCACCAACGUUGCCAUCCAGAAACACGGGGACGACUACAACCACAUCCACGGGGACAAGUGGACAGUCAGCAACUUGCGGCUCUACCUGGAGAGCACCCGUGGCAAGGAGGUGACCAGCAAGCUGUUCGACGAGAUCCACUGGAUCAUCGUACAGUCCCUGAAGGCCGUGGCGCCGGUGAUGAACAAUGACAAGCACUGCUUUGAAUGUUAUGGCUACGACAUCAUCAUUGAAGACAAGCUGAAGCCCUGGCUGAUCGAGGCGAACGCGUCCCCGUCGCUCACCUCCAGCAGUGCCAACGAUCAAAUCCUCAAGUAUAACCUGAUUAAUGACACCCUCAACAUUGCCGUCCCCAACGGCGAAAUUCCAGACUGCAAAUGGAACAAGUCGCCCCCAAAGGAAGUCCUUGGCAAUUACAAGAUUCUGCACGAUGAAGAACUGGCCCAGGGUGACGGGGCCGACCGGGAACUGAGAAGUCGUCAGGGCCAGUCUCAGGGGCCCAGAGCAGGCCAAUCGAGAGACUCAGGGAGAACCGUCCUCACCACCUGGAAGUGACUCCAACCCAGACCUUAUCAAAACAACUCACUCUCCUGGGUCCUUGCUGAAGCCCUGUUUUGAAAUUUUCCUUUUUUAGAGCUUUUUUCCUUUCCUAAGCCCUGUAAAUAAAUUAAAGCACUUCUUUGGAAAAAACAAAAACAAA